ACGUAGAUCUGCGCAGAGGCAUCUGUUUCUCUCUGUUAUUACUUUCAAUUCGAAACAAAGUGGCGUCGUCGUGUGUUCGUGAUAUAAGAUCGUGUGUCAGUUCAAUUAUUCGCAAAAGAAUGGAGCCUUUGUUUCAGUUAGAUGCCGAAGAUGUCGAUAUCAUGUUAGCAGACGUGAGAAGGAAGCUAAUGGUGAUCGAUGAAUGUUCUCAGGUUUCGUGCAUCGAACGAAUAUCCCGUUUGUUGGAAAGCGAAGACGCUGCCGGCCAAAAGGCGGUAUUUUUAAAAUUGAUCAAAUCCGAUGUGCUCUCGACGAUGUUCGAGCUCUUGCAAACUUCUAAAGAUCGAUUACUUCGAUCUAUUAUUGAUUUCUUAAGUGCAAUAAUCGUAUACCGGAAGUUUUAUGAAAGUUACAUAGCCCUGGAUGCUAUGGAUGCUAUUCUGAAAGUCGCAGUAUGCAUUCUAAAGUCCCGCUCCAAGGAAACACAAUUAUUAGAGAAACUUGUUACGAUUAUGAACGACAUACUUCUUAGAUCAGUGAAGUUCAAUGUGGAUAUCGGUAUGGUCUGUGUCCCGCGGCAACUACUGACCUUCCUCAAAUCUUUGAUCUCGGAGAAUCCUUUGGAUCAGAAGAUAAAGUUCUCCGGCGUCGAGCUAUUGAGUCUCGUCCUUAGUAACAUUGAUACGAAGGACGAAGUGAAUGACGACGCGUACGAGCUCAGCCACAAAGCUCUGAAUUUAAUGGAAGACAUCGUCAUGUACAGUGACGAUGAUGUGUCCAUUUCGCUAGCCGCAGACGCGUUGUGUACUCUUUGCGCUUCCGCCACACGAUUAUGCGUGUCAGAAAGCCAUAGCCAAACAAAAGAGGUCGAUCAAGUUUUGGAAUCGAAACGGAAAUUAACGAAGGCGAUUCGCGAUGCAACGAUGAACACGCUUGUCCCUUAUGUUAAAAGCAGGGAGGAGUCAAACUAUAUGGACAAGGUCAAAUUUCCCAGGAACCUCGUCACUUGCCUGAACAAUCUGUACAUGCUGAGCAGUGGUUGCGACCACGACUUGUCAAACAAGUUGGCCGCCAACGGAUAUCUGAAGUAUUUCUUACUUUUAACCACCACGUUUCCAGAAAUGUUGCGGCGCAGUACCUAUCUGCUACUAUCCCGAAUACUAACCACCUUGGCUGAUAAAUCUAUGCCAGUCGAUCAUUCAGACGAGCAAAAGACAGCCUUUGUAAAUUCGUUGUAUCCCGGAUUAUUGAAUCUCCCACUUGAACCCAAAUAUUGGGGAGAUGUUAUAGCUCACCAAGGCAAUAGUUCGAAUGCAUUGGCAACGCUAAUCUACUAUCAUUACCAUGGAACCAGAGAGGUCGAUAUGAUAUGCCUGAAAUCGUUAAUCACGAGAAUUGUCAAUCUGCCUAAAUCCGAACAGGCUCAAGUUUUGAAAGUUUUAUGGUUUCUGUUUGCUCUCGCGUCCGUAUCGCAUCCAUCACCGAGCACCGAGCAGGAUUAUUACAGAGCCGUGCAACGAUUGGCAGCCGCGUUGCGACGUUCCACGUUGCACGAUUGUUACACCCACCACAUAGACCUCUUGCGCUACUGUCUGAAAUCUGUCGAUUUCCCGAAGGAUCUUCGUAACAUGACGAUGAACCUUUGGCUCAUCGAGUCUGACGGCGACAUUAAACCGCUGUUAAUGUUGGACUGCCGCGAAGUAGUGCAGCACUAUUUAUUGCUCGUCAUACAAGAAGGGUACUCAGAGGAGAUAAUCAAUUUAGCGAUGAAGGGAAUUAGAGAGAUGAUCCGCAUGAAUAAUGCCAAGGAACUUGCAGAGAUUGCCUGGGACAUGUUGCCGAAAUUGAUAUCGACCUACGAUCCAUCAAAAGACGAACAGAUGAAAGCAGUGUUAGAAUUAGCCAACGUGUCAAUGCCGAACUUAUUGAUAUCGAGCGUUAGAAAUCGUUGCGCGGACGGUCUCCUAGCGAUCAUUCUACGCCAAGAGGCGGACUCGAAGCUGAGGACGUUAGCAGUAAUGCAGUCGUAUGCGUUGCUGGUCACGUCCGUGAGGAUCCAGUCUUUCACGAUUCUCGAGAAGUGCUGCUCAACUCCGGAUUUGUUGAAGGAGUUGGUCGUUCAAGGCUUCUCCGCAGAGACGACCGAGCUGUCCGCCGUCUGCUUGAAGCUGCUCGCUUUUAUCAUUCGUUGGCAGAAAAAAUCGUCGAUCCAGGUGUGCGAGGAUAUUGCACGGUCUGCAAAUAAUAGAUUGUCGGGCGAUCAGCAAUCCAUCCAGCGUUGCGUGUCCCAACGCGUUAAGCCGCUGACGAUUGACGUGCAGAGUUUAGCCGAUUUGCUGUUAAAUACGAGGAGGUCCGUCCAUUCGUCGAUCAAUGGAAUACAACUCGUGCUGGAACUUUUAACUCAAAAUAUUGACGGCUCGCUCAUCAGACUGGACGGGUUCGAUGAAAAACAUGCCGAAGGCAUGAUCAACCUCUACGAGACCCUUUUUAUCGUCCAUGAAAUAAGGGAUCCAACGCAAAGGGAUACGAUUUACCAAUGUUUGCAAGCCUUUCUACAAUUUUGCUGUAAGCACGUAGAAUGGCUGAUGUAUCACCUGUGCACCUUGAUGAGUACUUAUGAUAUCGUAUAUAGCGUCUUGGAGACGCGUUACAUAUCCUCCGAUUUUUUGGAAUACGUUUCAACGUGGCUUAGCUACCGUAAGAGAUACUGCGAUGACGAGGCACCAUGGAACGAGGAAUCCCUUCGCACAACACCAUUCGAGGAGAUUUUGGACUUGAUCAAAAGCUACGUGAAAGAAAUAAAAGAUUCAAAAACCAGCGCUGGAUUUUCCAGUCUUCUUCAUGCGGAUUUCAAUUUUCAGAUGAAACAGGAGAAAUCGCUAUCGCCAAUUUCGAGUCCUCCGUUAUUCGUCAAAUUCUCACAUGUACAUGCAUUUACCAGUUGUAACCACGCCGUCGAGAUCGACAAAAAAGACCGACUUACCGCCGCGAUUCGAAUUCCCCGUCCCUUGGAAAGCAUCGGCUUCGGCCGGCUCGAAAGCGACAAAAGCGUGGCAUCAAAACAACCGUCGGCAGGGGAUGGGGUUGGCAGGUGGGUUGAAAAGGAAGGCGAGGAAAAGCAACGGGCAUGUUUGGGCAGCGAUAAGGGGGCACACGGAGUAGUGGAGUGCGCGCGACAGAGAGAGAGAGUUGCGCGCGACGCGGGCGGCGCGGCGCUUGGGGCUUCGGGCGGGUAA